AAGUACUUGUUCCCCAGGCGAUGCAGCAUAACUUUCUGAAGUUCUACAAUGUUGUCUUUGGUGGUUUUGUCUGCUUUUCUGGGCCUGUUUAGUUUAAAUCAGGCCACUCUGCCAGGCUGUGAGGAGCUCACAACGCCACUAACGUUGGAGGAUGACUCCAAAAUUAUCAUGGGGAAAUGGAUCUUCCUUGAAGGCAUAGCUGAUCACCACUUCUUUACAGAUAUAUUGAAGACUGUGAACAGCUCAUGGAUGGAGUUUGGCCCAAGCACUCUUACACUUGCAAACACGUUAUCUCUCAGUCAAGGGAACAUGCUGAAAGGAAAAUGUGAGUUUAGCACCAUCAACACAGUUCUUAAAGACAGUACCUUUUAUGCCAAUGAGACUGACGCAAUAUCAGAGGGAAAAUUCUUGCCGUCCUGUCCAGAGUGUCUCACCAUGAGCUUCGUCAGCCAAUUCAAAAAUGAGACCAUAAAAACGCUGUACUUUUUCAAGAGAGAGAGCAACCCAACCGAGUCUGACAUGGACAUGUACUGGAAGCAAGCUGAGUGUCUUGGAUUCAAAAGAGAAGCCCAGUACUCCUAUGAUGGUGUAACAGGUCAGUUUGGGUUUCAAGCACUUGUAGUUUUCAUUGAAAACCUCCGAUUUUAGUUCUGAUGUAGAGAAAUUAGAUCCUGGUCAGGU